UAUUUCUUGUACUUUCCACAACUCGUGAAACAUCGCUCAUCACAAGAUAGUUUCUCUCGCCUCACUUCCCAUUUCCUUCAAGUGUUUGUAGCAUGACUCUGAAGUAGUCAGUUGACUGUGUGUUUGGAUAAGGAGUCUCACAAUCAGGGGCGGCGUGUAGGAAGUCCAGUGGCUUCAACGACCUCGUUGAUUUACGCCGACAAGCCAACGAGAAAUGAGUCUAUGUGGAAUCGUGCUGCUUUGUAUUGUGUGCAUCCCGCAAGUACGUGGCAGUGAGGAAUAUAUUACUGGUUACAGUGGCCAAUCAGUCGUCCUGAAAUCUGGAGCCGACCGAUCAUGGAAACUCGCCAGAGUUCAGUGGUCCAUUUAUAAGAACACAACAUAUAUCGCAAGUCUAAAGGACGGCGAAGUGACUAUAUACAAGUUUUGGAGACACCAGGGUCGACUUACGCUCAACACCAGUACGGGAGAUUUAACAAUCUGUAAUGUGACAGUGAACGACAGUAUGAUAUAUAACGUGGCUUUGCUCACAUCAGAUGACAAUCGGAAACAAGUUAAAGUUCAUCUCACAGUUCAAGAACCUCUCCAGAAACCAGACAUCCAGAAGACGCUCCAUUCCUUCAAUGACAGCCGGUGCUACGUUGUCCUCGAGUGCACUGCAUCUGGCCAAAAUGUGAAUUUGUCCUGGACGCCUGAUGGCGAGUUCAACGGAUCGUAUAUUUCAGGAAUCCCAAACUCCGUCGACUCUUCGUCGGUUCUUUUCGCAUCAAUUAAUGGCAGAAUAAACGUGACGUUCAACUGCACUGCCUCCAGUGGUCAACAGACAGUGACCAGGCAAAUGACAGUGGGAUGUUCAGAGGGGAAGCUGAUGUGUGAAGUCUGCACCGUUUGCAGUUCAUGCAUUUCCUCUGUGAUGUUGAGUAUUGUGUUUAUGGCUGCAGUCGUUUUGGUUUUAGCAUAUGCAUUAACAAAAUAUAGAGACAGAAUUAUUGCUGCCUGCCCUGAAGGCCUCCUCAAAUUCAUCCAGAAUAGGUAACAUCACACCACAGACAUCAGAGAUGUAAUGGACUCAGUUUACUGCAGUACUUGUCCUGGAUGUUUGCUUUUUUGAAGCACCACCAGUUUCAGUCCAGGCUCCCGUGGUGUUCAAGGCAGAGAUGGGCACUCGAGUUAGUGACUCGAACUCGAGUCGCAUUUUUAUAGACUUCAGACUUGACUUCAGACUCGACCUGAAAUGACUCCAGACUUGACUGGACUCGAGGAAAGGGACUCGUGAAAAUGUUAAAAGCAACUCGAGUCUUUUAUCCUUAAAUACUUAUAUAACUGAUAUUCAAAAGGCGGACUGCAUCCUCACCCUGGCAUCCAUCCGGACCGCGAGCCAUAGCACCAUUUUAAGUGAACGCUUGUUAAAAUUGUUGUUAGAUGGCUAGGAUGGAACUUAAACAUUGAAAUUGCUAGU